AUUCAGUGAAAGAUUGAGCUUCCUAUCUGUAAUAGAAAAAAAGUUACGACCUUUGAAAGUUUUCCGAAAAAAUCAUAAGGGGGGUACCUUCCUACUAAAAUGAUGAAAUUUCAAUUUUUUUUUUUUCGAGAUUUUGUGUCCUACUGGUCCCUCUUGAUACCCUGAACUCCAUACAGAAAAUUAUUCUCAGAUUUGAAGCCGAAAUCUAUGAAAAAAGGCACUCAGAAAAAUAGAAAAAUUGAUAAAUUACCCCAAAUUGCUUAAUACGAUUUUAUCUCAGGAACUAUAAGUGCAAAUGAGCUGAAAUUUUCAGGGAUUGUAGUCCUUCGAAAGGGAUGAAAUUCAGUGAAAGAUUGAGCUUCCUAUCUAUAAUAGAAAAAAAGUUACGACCUUUGAAAGUUUUCCGAAAAAAUCAUAAGGGGGGUACCUUCCUACUAAAAUGAUGAAAUUUCAAUUUUUUUUUUGUCAAGAUUUUGUAUCCUACUGGUCCCUCGUGACACCCUGAACUCCAUACAGAAAAUUAUUCUCAGAUUUGAUGCCGAAAUCUAUGAAAAAAGGCACUCAGAAAAAUUGAAAAAUUGAUAAAUUACCCCAAAUUGCUUAACACGAUUUUAUCUCAGGAACUAUAAGUGCAAAUGAGCUGAAAUCUUCAGUUAUUUGAUUUGUACGAUUUUAACAAGAACCCAAGCCAAAGACACUUCAGUAUUACACCACAACAACAAAAAUAAGCAAGUCUAAUUCUUGCGUCACCAAUCUAUUCAUAAAUCAAUUAAAAUAUAAUUGAAAAAAACCGAAUCGAAAAGGCAAACUACAUUCUAUUACCAAAUCAAUUUCCAGCAGCCAUGUCCGAGCAACAGCCAGUCACCUGUUUGCCGCCGCCGUUGCCGCCAAAGACCAAACCGAGAAGAGCGGCGAUAGACGAGGACAGACGCUACGCGGACAACCAAGACGGCAUUAUAAUCAGUGCAUCGUAUUCUUCGCCUUCUUCGCGAUCUUCCGCUAUCACAACGGUAAACCUCAACACCGUUGACUUGAACAUUCCCGAUGGCUUUCAAGAAUUGACUUACUCGUGUAAAAACAGUGGAAAAAGUCACGUCGUUAAAAUUUUAAUUAAUCCAGAAGAAUACCCCCUGGAUCGUAAUGAUCCAGGGUGCAAUAAUAGUGAUAGUGUUGUUAGUAGUGACGUAGUGCCUUCUGGAGAAACUUGCAUUAGAAUAUCAGUUAACAAUAACCAUAACACAAUGGUAGAUGCUGUGGGAAGUCCUCAGCACUAUUACUUUAAUCAAUUCAACAAUUUAAUGUCCAGUGGCCAAAUGAGCCCCAGCGAUACUUUAGAUUCUGGCACUUGUAGCGAUUUGGAUGGGACACCGCCGCCUUUGACUAAAAAGAAAAACGGCAGCGGAGUGUCUGUGACAUUAAUUGGUUCUCAUAAGAAAACAGCUAGUCUAAGUGACAGCGACGACAAUGAAAGCAACAUUAGUUGCGACUCGUUGAAUUGUGGCAAAGUGUCACCGAUAGCUGGAAAGCCUACCAUUAUAGGGGCCAGAAGUAAGAGCCUAAUAUUGCCCCAAAACUUACUAAAGGAUAUUAGGCAAAGAAAAGAUAUCGAAUCAUAUUCACUAGUAGACGAAAAAUCUUAUGAGGAUCGUCAAAACGAAACGACUACAAUUGAAGAAGUAAACUCAGACAUGUUUUUUGAUUUCCACUUAAACGAAAACAAUAUCAAAGAGGAGGAUUUGACGCCGGUGAUGGUUAAUGAAGACGAAACGUUUGCCGGCUACAAGGACUUUUUGGUUGCCGACAAACCGGCGACCAUUAAAAGUGCCAAGGGCACGGUACGUGGUGUCAGGAAUCGCGUCAGGGCAGGAAUCGCCACCUUCUUGCAAAUUAAUUCUGCAGAAAAGAGUUACAAAGAAAAAGAUGGAGGCAAAGUUGUAGUGUACACCACAACAAUGGGCAUUAUCAGAGACACCUAUCAGGCCUGCACGAAAGUAAAACAAAUCCUGCGAACGCUUUUGGUGAAAUUCGAAGAGCGCGACGUCUUUAUGAGCGUCGAUUACCAAAACGAAAUCCGCGAGAGGAUGAAGUGCGAACAAAUCUUGGUGCCUCAAGUAUUUGUAGAUGGACAACAUUGUGGAGAUGCUGAAACAUUAGAAAGACUAAACGAAUCAGGCGAAUUAAGGAAAAUCUUAAAGGCCUACAAAAAUCCUGAUGUAUGUAGUACCUGUCAAAUGUGCGGUGGCUACAGAUUAUUGCCGUGCACAGUUUGCAAUGGCAGCAAAAAGUCAGUGCACAGGAACCAUUUCACAGCCGAAUUUGUGGCACUGAAAUGCAUGAAUUGCGACGAGAAUGGACUUGUACGGUGCACCAUUUGCUCAUGAAUAAACAUAAAGUGUGUGCCAUUAUAUAAGCAAAAUUUGUACAUAAUAUUAUAAUAAAAAAUAGCCUAAUGAUAUUAUUAAUUCCUCCUUAAUAUCGAUCGAAUUGAUGUAUUUAUGUGUUGCAAGGGUUGUCCGAGAGAUAGCAGCAGUAAGUCUUUUUGCCUGAAUAUUCAAAUUUGAGUUUUCAGAAAAUGGUAAAACUUUCCCAUCUAUCAUAAACUAGUAUAAGCCUAUUACUAGACCCUUCUAAGUGAGCUUAAAGGGACUAUGUAGGGUCUUUUGCUAACACAUUAAAGUUAGUUUGAAGGUAAAACUGUAUUUUCAUAACAUCAAUAAAC